CAUGGCGAUGCAGGCGGCGAAACGCGCCAACAUCCGGCUGCCCCCCGAGGUCAACCGCAUCCUCUACAUCAGGAACCUGCCCUACAAGAUCACGGCCGAGGAGAUGUACGACAUCUUCGGGAAGUACGGGCCCAUCCGGCAGAUCAGGGUUGGGAACACUCCCGAAACGAGAGGAACAGCAUAUGUUGUCUAUGAAGACAUCUUUGAUGCCAAAAACGCUUGUGAUCACCUGUCAGGAUUCAACGUGUGCAACAGAUACCUUGUCGUUUUGUACUACAAUGCAAACAGGGCRUUCCAGAAGAUGGAUACAAAGAAGAAAGAAGAACAGCUUAAGCUUCUCAAGGAAAAAUAYGGAAUUAAUACAGACCCACCAAAAUAAACUGAUCUUUCUCUGGAAAAAAAAAAAUUCUCUGGAAAAACUCAUUUUAAGCCUCGCUGUUGUGUUCUUGAACUAAACGUAGGGACUUUCAAUCAAGUCUAAGUAUUCUUGUUUUAUUGAUAUAAUGCUCUAAUUUGAGUCUUUCUGGUAGGAUCCUACAAAACGGGACCAAGUAUGUUCAGUGAUUCCGACCUUCUGAAAUUACCACAUUUCUGUCAUUAAUAUGAAGAGUUAGUUCAAAGGGCUAUGCAUGAACUGUCUCCACAGAGAUGAAUUUCAUUUACCACUUACUAAAUAUGAGAUACUGCAACUAAAAAGAGUCUCUGUGACCUAGCAUGGAGUUUUUUUGGUUUUGUUAAUUGAAAAAUAAUCAUGGUUUGGUAACUCAUCAUACCUAUAUACUCAUAUUGCACUGAGGGUAGUGUGACAUUCUGCUUCUGGGAAUGUUUGAAGGAGUUUAACUCUGUAAAUUGAUUUUUAGGCCACUUCUUACUAGAAGCAGCACCCAAACCCAUGUUAAUAAAAUUUCUUUUGCAAGUUACAAAAAGUGACUGGCCUCUUAAAAUAACAGCACAGGUGACUUGUUCCCAGGGACUGGGAUGGAAUAGCUGUAGUGAAAUAAUUUCCCUCAAAUAGUACUGACCUGCAGGACUGACUUUGUGCCGUAAGAGAUUUUCAUUACGUGCAUCAGAUUUGUGCUGCAGUUAAUAGAAGCAAUGGGAAUAAACUUCAUGCCACUGAAUAUAGAGAACAUGUGAGCCAAAGUAAGGCAGUAGAUGAUAGUUGUAAUUUUAGAUACCUUGAAGUGAUUGUUUUCUACAGUUUUUAUUCUCAAGUUUAAGGCAUUCUAUGUACAUAGUUUUUAGAUGUACCCUCUCUUGGACAGAAAACAGAGAUUUAAAACCUUAGGCUUUUUCCUAAAAAUAUCAGCAUCAUGUCUGGUGAAUAAAAAUGAGUGUGAUGCUGAGUAUGCCUGGCCAGGGUGCUCGAAAGAAAGAUCUGCCUCUGUCCUGAACAAGCAGAACUUGUGUGAUUUACA